UUUUUUUUGUUUGUUUUUGUUUUUUUCAAAUUAAAUUUUUAAUUUUGUUUUUUAAAAAUGGGUACUUUUUGUCAGAUUCCCAUGGAAAUCUAAAGGGGUGUUUUUUCCCCUUGUUACUGUCUCUAUUUGCUUCCGAUGUGUUCAAUACACUGUCUCUCUUUGCCGCUCCUUUAGAUCUGUUUCUAGUUUCUGCUUCAUCCAUCUCCUUCUUCAACAGGUGCUUGUUUGCGCCUCAAUGUUGAGAGAUUGAACCUCAGAUGAUGCUUGGUUACUGCAAUACGCGUCGAAUCUUUCUUGGGUUUAUAAGAAUUUCCGGUAUUUCGCCUCUCCUUCUUCUCUUUGUUAUGUGUUGUGCUGCUGCAAAUUCCGGAGAGGUUUAUGAUGUGAUUGUGCCUCCAAGGUGUUUGUAAUAUUGCCUCAGUGAUGGGAAACGGGACUUCCCGUGUUGUCGGUUGUUUUGUGCCUUCCAAUGAUAAAAACGGUGUUGAUUUGGAGUUCCUGGAACCUCUAGAUGAAGGUUUAGGCCAUUCCUUUUGCUACGUUCGGCCCAGCAUCUUUGAGUCUCCGGAUAUUACUCCAUCUAACUCGGAGAGGUUCACGAUUGGUUCAAGCACCCUUGAUUCUGAGACACUCAGUGGCUCUUUCCGAAACGAGGUCGUUGAUGACCCUUCUUUCUUGAAUCGACACAACACCAAAGGUUUAGCUGAAACUACCUUUAAGGCAAUCUCAGGUGCUUCCGUUAGUGCCAAUGUCUCCACCGCUAGGACUGGCAAUCAAAUGGCUUUCUGUUCAAGUGACGUUUUGGAGCCUGCUGCUUCGUUUGAGAGCACAUCCUCCUUUGCUUCAAUUCCUUUGCAGCCGGUUCCUCGUGGUGGUUCCGGUCCCUUAAAUGGAUUCAUGUCCGGGCCUCUAGAAAGAGGCUUUGCAUCUGGUCCUUUGGAUAGAAACAACGGUUUCAUGUCAGGGCCUAUUGAAAAAGGAGUAAUGUCUGGACCUCUUGAUGUACAUGAUAAGUCUAAUUUCUCUGCACCUCUUUCUUUUAGACGUAAAAAGCCUCGGCUUCAGCGGUUUAUGAGGAGUGUGAGCGGGCCAAUGAAAAGUACAUUAGCAAGGACAUUUUCUAGACGAUCUGGAGGAUUGAGUUGGAUGCAUCGCUUCUUCUUGCAUCCAGAGACUAGGGUUUCCUGGCCUGUUGGAAAGGACGGUAAGUUACAUGGCGAAGACCCAGAAAGUUGUUUAGAGAGCAACCGUAACUUGCAAUGGGCUCAUGGGAGAGCAGGAGAAGACAGGGUUCAUGUUGUGCUUUCGGAGGAACAAGGAUGGCUAUUUAUCGGGAUAUAUGAUGGGUUUAGUGGACCUGAUGCUCCAGAUUUUGUUAUGAGUCAUCUUUAUAAAGCUAUUGACAAGGAAUUAGAAGGUCUUCUCUGGGAUUAUGAAGAGCCAUCAGUAGAUGAUCAAUUGCAGCCACGCCAGGAACCUCUUUCUUCAGAAGAGCACUCGUGUGAUCCAGAAACUAUCAGUGAGCAGCAUUCAAAGUCAGUAGUUGCAGGAAGUGAGGAGGUUAUGACUGAUAAUAACAGUAGCCUUGGAAAUGCCGAUACUAUGAUUGCUGAUGGUCUACCUGGAAAUUUAGCUGGUCCUGGCAAGAAAAGCACUAGACUUUACGAGCUACUUCAAUUGGAACGGUGGGAAGAAGAAGAAAUUGGGCUUAAAGAUUCUUAUGGAGGGAGUGUGGCUCUGAACGAUAUGACCAAUCAGGUAGAAAAUCCAACUACUUCAGGUGGAGGAGCUGGAAAUGAUCCGUGUACCACAGACUGUAGUGCUCUUGAUGAGAUUCCAGCCUCAGGACAAAGCCAUGGGACUAAAAAAUCACAGAUAAGCUCAAAGAUAAGACGAAUGUAUCAAAAACAGAAGUCUUUGCGGAAAAAGCUGUUUCCUUGGAGUUAUGAUUGGCACAGGGAAGAAGGAACUUGUGUUGAAGAGAAGAUAGUGGAGUCAUCGGGACCAAUUAGAAGACGCUGGUCAGGAACUGUAGACCAUGAUGCUGUGCUAAGAGCAAUGGCUAGAGCACUAGAAAGUACUGAAGAGGCUUACAUGGAAAUGGUGGAGAAGUCUCUUGACAUAAACCCAGAGCUUGCGCUAAUGGGUUCAUGCGUUCUUGUAAUGCUAAUGAAGGAUCAAGAUGUUUAUGUGAUGAAUGUUGGGGAUAGUCGGGCUAUCUUAGCCCAAGAAAGGCUCCAUGAUCGUCAUUCUAAUCCCGGUUUUGGGAAUGAGGAGGGGAUAGGGCAUAAGAGUAGAUCCCGAGAAUCACUUGUGCGUAUGGAAUUGGAUAGAAUAUCAGAGGAGUCUCCAAUACACAAUCAAACAACUCCGAUCAGUGUCUCAAACAAAAACAGAGAUGUGACCUCUUUCCGGUUAAAGAUGAGAGCCGUUCAACUCUCAAGUGACCAUAGCACAAGUGUGGAAGAGGAAAUUUUGCGGAUUAAAUCUGAACAUCCAGAAGAUGAACAGUCCAUACUGAAAGAUAGAGUGAAAGGCCAACUAAAAGUCACUCGAGCUUUUGGUGCUGGAUUUCUCAAAAAGCCGAAUUUCAAUGAAGCAUUGCUUGAGAUGUUCAGAGUAGAGUACAUUGGAACAGAUCCAUACAUCUCCUGCGAACCGUGUACCGUCCAUCACAGACUGACUUCAAGCGAUCGUUUCAUGGUGCUAUCCUCGGAUGGAUUGUAUGAAUACUUCAGCAACGAAGAGGUCGUUGCUCACGUAACAUGGUUCAUCGAAAACGUUCCUGAAGGCGAUCCUGCUCAAUACCUCAUUGCAGAGCUUCUCUCUCGUGCUGCCACCAAGAACGGGAUGGAGUUUCAUGAUCUGUUGGAUAUUCCUCAAGGAGAUAGAAGGAAAUACCAUGAUGAUGUCUCAGUCAUGGUUGUUUCACUUGAAGGAAGGAUUUGGCGAUCUUCUGGACAAUAUUAUCCAGAGAGAAAACAAAAAUUCAAUAGAUGAAUUUAACCAAACCAAAAAAAAAAAACA